GGAAAAGCAUAAGUUUCAUCUCCAGUGCGCAGUAAGUACGACUACUAGCGAGAUGCCGCGCAGACGAAUUCCGGCUUCUCACGACGACCUCCGCGCGAACAGCGGGUGAGUUCGGUCGUAGAGAUGCCCUGUCCCUUCAAACGAUGUUAGGGUGGAUCGGAUUUCUUGUGUGCGAACCAUUCCCUCAUCCGCUGAUUCCGCAGACCUCUGGUUUGUCCCGAAUCGCGGGGUGUCGUCGGCAGUGGGGGAAGAGGAAUCUGAAAAUCUUCGAUCGAGCAAUCAUGCACAGGAAAGAACGAAGCAGGAUAGCGUGAGGCACGUGGUAAAUUCAGCUUUUCAGUAGCGAAGCAACUGGCCUCUCCUCCCGCGUCGUAAUCACUGCACGUUUGGCGGACGUCCGGCGGAACAAAAAACCGCUCUUCAUACUCAAUCCUGUCAGCGAGACGAGAGACCACGGAAGCUUUGAUUCUGCUGGACGUUGGAGUUGGUCGUGGCAGGAGAAGCAGUUGGUAAUAUGCAGAUCGCAUUUGAAGCGGUCGUUUUGGCAAGAAGAAACAAGCAGGAAAUCCAGUCGCAAAACCGUGGCCGACAGCGACUUCUACGGAAGCUACCCCGUUCCUGGAGGAGCACCAGCUGGGAACGUGCAGUGGUACUACUACACUUGAAUUUAUCCUGAUGCGCAUCUGUAUUAAAUCUGAAAAACCACAACUACAUGUAGUAUCGACUUUAUACAAAUCUCGCCUAGAGUUGGUCAUGAGUUUGAAAAUCUCCAAAACAGGUUUGCCGGAUUCUUCAAACCGGUCCAGCGGAUGGAAUGCGCUUUCAUGUUUUUUGGGCGCGUGCUGCUGCGCAAACUCACACAAAGUCGACCAUUGUCCACGAAUACCAGCUGACGAACGGCUUCUACUUGUCCGAUCCUGCCGCGCCGUUUACGCCUUCGUGCGAAGAGAAUCUCCUUCCUUCUGUGGCUGUGGAUUGCGAAGGAGGCGAUCUGCAGUCUCUUUGUGAAUCCUUGGUCGCAAUAAAGCCACCCAGAUAUAAGCCUGUGAUGCGGAGGAUGGAGGUGGAGCCGACUGCAGCUCUGAAGAUGUCGCUCGAGACAAGUUCCGUCGUAGAACAGCGGAAGCAUCUGUCGGGCUAUUGUGAAAAGCAGUAGAAGCGGUGCUAAGAUAUGUCGGAUUCACCUCCGGCUGAAAAUCGGAUCCACGUGAUACGGCUGAAACUCGGGAUCACCUUUGGCUGAAAAGCGGAAUACCUCGUAGUGCCCGAACCAGGUGUAGGUGCGGAUCAGAAAACAGUCGCGGCCCCAUCACUUCCGCUUCCCGAGCACCAUGUGCGGCGACGACAGAGAACUCCAUGAUUACAGCACGGCUUACCCUUGUUACUGUUUCUGGUGUAAGUGGACAAGGCCCUGCUCGUGCAGAUCGGCUGAUGAAGCUGAAAUAAACGAGAAUAGCUGUUUCCAGAAAGGGCACAACGGGUGGCCGCACCACUCGUGCCAGAAUUUCGGGUCAUUAAAUGCCCCGGGGACGAACUACAACUAGCGACUGCUGGGUGCCAGCAACUUACUACUUAUCCGCGCAUUAACUUUCUCGCGUCGCCGAUGUCGGUGUCGGCAUCCGCUAGUACGACACAUUUCUUCACCUGCUGGCUAAGGAGGUAAGUGCGUGCUGCUCAUGCGGGGUUGAUAACGAGAAGAAGUGGCUGAUACAUCAAAGCCAACCACCACCACGAAUUUCAGCUGACGAGCAACUUCCACUUUUCCGAUCCUGCGUGGUCCCUUUAGGGCGAAGAACAGGAGAACCUUCUCUGGCUCCUGAAUGAGGCGACUGGCGGUCUUCUUGUGAACUUUCGCAGGAGCCAGCCGAGUAAGUAAACCUGUGGUGGUGCGGAGAAAGCAGCGGAGGACUGAAGUUUCGUCAGCGCAGCUCAAAAAGAAUUUCAUCGCAGAACAGCGGAAACAUCUUCUGUCGGGCUAUCGCGGAAAGCAACAGUGCUUGCGGUAGCGAAGCACGAGCACUGCGGCGACUUGCUCUCACGAGCCUUUUCUACUUCUACAGCAUUCUUUUCUACCGCUGCCGAGGCUCGCUGUUGGAAAUGAAACUGACGGAACGCAGCGCUACGGAUGCACAGCUUUGCGAAAACGCAUUACGCACAACAGGGACACCGAUACAGCAUGAAGAAAGUAGCCCUUCGUGGUACGUAAAUGCUCGAGAUAAAAAAAACGGAAUAAAUUCUUCUUUCGCAUUGUUCCAACCUUUUGUUGGCAAUGACGUUCUUCAACCUUUUGUUGACAAUUACGCACACCCUGCAUACAUGCAUACAUCAACAUUUUGUUGACGGCGCCUUUUUGCUUUAUUUCGAAGAAAAAACUAC